CUCUUGGAGAGUUGGAGCGAAAAAAAGCCCAAUUGGAUCUCGAAUCAGAUAUCACCUUCAUUCAUCCUGCUCAGGUAUGCUCUGUCUUCGCGGAAAUGUCCACAUCACUACUUGUGUUUUAUGUUUUUCUGCUGUGAUUUGCAUUUUGAUGCUCCUCUCAGCAUAAGUGAUCGGAUAAUCAAAGAUGAUUGUCUGUGUUGCCGUCGUCGGGCACCAGAACAAUCCACUGUAUAUACAGAGCUUCACGGAAGCUGAUGACGCCCUAAAGCUUCAUCACAUAGUCCACUGCUCUCUUGACGUUGUUGAUGAAAGAGUGAAUAAUCCCAAAAAAACUAGCCCUGCAUUGAAUGAGACAUUUCUCGGUCUGCUAUACCCAACAGAGAAUUACAAAGUGUAUGGUUAUUUGACCAACACAAAGGUGAAGUUCAUAUUAGUGACAACAGAUCUCGAUGUCCGAGAUGCAGAUGUGAGAAAUUUUUUCAGGAGAUUUCAUGCCGCAUAUGUGGAUGCGGUUUCAAACCCAUUUCACGUUCCCGGUAAGAAAAUAACAUCCAGAACCUUUGCUGAGAGUGUCAGUACUAUUGUCAAGUCAUUUGGUUUGACCUCUGCUUGAUUGAUCAACAGUAAAAGGGUCAUUUGUGAUCACUGCACAUUGUUAUUUCCAUUUUAUUUUGUGGGGAUGGUCCAAAGAGCUUUGCAUUGAUCAAGUUACAUUGAAUCUCGUGCCCGCUUCUAUUAUAUUUAACGCGAAACUUUAUCUUGUAUGCUACCCCUCCCCUGCCCACUCUUUAUUCAUACUUCAUUUCAAUGGAAGUUGACAUACAUUUCAGAUAGAUUUGGUGGUGGUUUCGUCACCUUCAUGCAGGACUUGUUUGGUAGGGUUUGAUUUUUCACAUACUUCAUUUCAAUGGAAGUUGACAUACAUUUCAGAUAGUUUGGUGGUUGUUUCAUCACCUUCAUGCAGGACUUGUUUGGUAGGGUUAGAUUUUUCAGGAGUUCCUCUACCGUAAUUUAAAAUAGUACACUAGUACAGGGCGAGAGUUGGUUUAAGUUCCGUAUGUAAAUACACCAGUCUGAAAUCUGAAAAUUUAUGUUGCAUUCUAGUUGAAGUUUGCAUUUGAUCCCGCAAUGACGUCAUUGGUCAUUCCUUCGAAUGUAGUUUAGUAUUAAUAUGGAGGAAAGAAUCCCUGAGUGAUAUUGUGAUAAUACAAGUCUACAAUAGGCUGCUAAGGCCGCG